CUCCUCCCCCUCCACCUCUUCUUUCAUACCUGGAAAAAGGUGAGACAGAGACGAGUGAGGUGGGGGAGGGACAGAACAGAGAGAGAGAGCUGGAGAGUGGUGCCAGGAACCAAGCCGGACUCACCUGGACUCUGUAGCUUGGCCAUGAGUCCAUUCACCACCUGCUGCCUGUGAACCGCCAUGAAGCCAGAGAAGCACAGCUGAGCCGACACAGGAUUCUGGUUCUGGUUCUGCUCCAUCCUGAUAACUGACAGCUCGGUGGCUUUACUCAACACAAAUGUCAAACUGUCUCUUAAUGGUUAUAGUAAUUGAGUCUGCAGGUGAGCAGAAUUCAAACAGCAACAUUGAAACUCACCCUGUGUUUAAUCAGCUUCCUGAUGAUCAGCUGACUUCACACCGGAUCACUUCCCUCCACAUCCUCCACCACUCCUACUGAACAAACAUCCUCUCUGGACCUGCAGCAGGUUCACCGGAGGGGGAGAGACGGUGGAUCAUUGGCUCAGACUGACAUCAACAGCCUCGGCUCACUGCUGCCCGAGCAAUGUUCCGACAGCAGAAGAAGAAAAAGAACCGGCUGGAGAUUUCAGCACCAAAGGACUUUCAGCACCGCGUCCACACAUCCUUCGAUGCCGCCACAGGAAGCUACGUGGGUUUACCGCCACAAUGGCAGAGCAUCAUCGACACCCUGCGGAGGCCUCAGCCCCUGGUGGACCCAUCCAGGAUCACCGAGGUCCAACUGGGGCCCCAGAAGGCGAUCGUUCGUGGCAGUUUCAUCGGCCACGGUGACUACAUCAGUCACGUGAUCUCAGAGAUGAGCCGUCUGUCCGUCACCAGCUCCAACUCCCUGCGGCGCAGCAGCCCGUCGGCACGCAAACGUGCCCGCUCACUAGGUCGACUGGGAGAACUGGCAGAGGAUGAGUCGUACCAGUAUGAGGAGCUCAACAGAAGUGAUGGGAUGAGCUGGAGCUCCACUUACUGGCAGGACCGGAUCCGACAGGUCCGCAGUGAGAGCGGCAGCCCCAGGCUGAAUGGAGCACUGCCAAGGAUUAAGUCCAGCUCUCCGAUGGUCCCCGCACCCAGAGGAGACCAAGCUGGACAUCAUGGAUUCAGGCAGAGGACAGCUUCUUGUCACCACGGCCUGCAGACUGAGGACCCUCAGCAGAGACUGAGACCGGCAGCCAGUCAGCUGCCCGACCUUUUGUCGUCCUCCAGAGAAGGUCCUCGAAGGCCUCACUCGUCCUACAACCUCAAGAUAACCCCCCUGCUUCCACUACCCCCUCCUAACUGCACCAGCAGCCCCAUUGUUACAGGCAGAGGUUUACCUCAGCGCUCGCUCUGCCUCUUAUCGCAGGACGAGCCAGUCCAGCGCCCCUCCCCUGCAGGACCUCCAGCUUCUCCUCCUCAGCCAUGCUCCUCCACCCAGCAGCACACAGCGCCUGACGGGGGGCAGAAGGUCACUCACGAGCAGUUUAAAGCAGCACUGCAAAUGGUCGUGGACCCAGGAGACCCAAGGAUGACGCUGGAGAACUUUGUGAAGAUCGGGGAGGGAUCCACAGGCGUGGUCUGCAUUGCUCGGGAGCGACACAACGGGCGACAGGUUGCAGUGAAGAUGAUGGACCUGAGGAAACAGCAGCGGCGAGAGCUGCUCUUCAACGAGGUGGUCAUCAUGAGGGACUAUCGCCACCAGAAUGUGGUGCAAAUGUACCGCAGCGCUCUGGUGGAGGAGGAGCUCUGGGUGAUCAUGGAAUACCUGCAGGGCGGCGCGCUCACCCACAUCGUCAGUGAGACCAGGUUGACUGAGGAGCAGAUAGCCACGGUUUGUGAAGGCGUCCUGCAGGCCCUGGCUUACCUUCACUCUCAGGGUGUCAUUCACCGAGACAUAAAGAGCGACUCCAUCCUGCUGACACUGGACGGGAGGAUCAAACUGUCAGACUUUGGUUUCUGCGCUCAGAUCAGUAAAGAUGUCCCAAGGAGGAAGUCUUUGGUGGGGACUCCGUACUGGAUGGCUCCCGAGGUGAUCUCCAAAACGCCCUACGGGACAGAGGUGGAUGUCUGGUCUCUGGGCAUCAUGGUGGUGGAGAUGGUGGAUGGAGAGCCUCCGUACUUCAGCGAGACACCAGUUACUGCUAUGAAGAAGCUGAGAGACGAACCAGCACCAAGUGUGAAGAACAUCCAGAGGGUGUCUCCGGUGUUAAAGGACUUUCUGGGCUGCAUGUUGAAUCGUGACACGCUGCAGCGCAGCACAGCGUCCCACCUGCUCCAGCACCCGUUCCUGCUGCAGACCGGGUCCCCGCGCUGCCUGGUGCCGCUGGUGGAGCAGUACCGCAAACGCAUGUCACGCUGCUGAACAGCUGAUGUGUUCUUGGGCUGGCCAAGUGAGGCAGGGGUCUGGAGAGUUUCCCUUGGUGGCUAUGAAGAAGCCAAAGGCUGAUGGUUGAUGUUGACACACGAGAUGCAAAUACUGUAAUAAAUGUGCUUCAUCAUUUGUAGGUUUCUAGUUAAUGGAAAAAAAUCUGUUCCUGAUCCAGUGAUAAUUAGAUUCCACUGUUAAAACCAGCUACAGCAGUAGUUUACAUUAAACUGGACAAGGACUUGUUCUGUGGAUCAGAUGUCAAUCAAAAAGUAAAUUGUAUCAGGAUCAUUUCAGAUUAUCUCCUGUGAUGAUGACAAAUAAACAAAAGCUCUUAUAGAGUAGUUUUGAAAAGUUGCAUAGUUUUGCACAUGGAGGUUAAAUAUAAAAAUAGCGUAAAUAAAGUGAUGGAUUUUAAAAUGUG